AUGCGAAAGAUGCCCACAUUCAGGGAAAAGAACAUUAGCAAAUUUAGUAACGAUAAAAUAUAUUUUAUAGAUGAAUGCAUAGACAAGAGAGAUAAUAAUAAUAUGCAAAAUGUGAGCGAAGCGAUAGAAAAAAAAAUGGAUACAAAACUCAAAGAAAAACAAUAUAUAUUUAAUCAAAUAAACGAGUUAACGAAUUAUGGAAAGCAUAUUUCAAAAACAUACAAAAAAAGAGCUUAUACUUUAGGAGCAAUCGAUGGGAUAGGAUCAAUAAGUAUAUUAAAUGCCCCUUUAAUAAAUCCAGAAAAUGCAAAAGUUGAUCCCCCUAUUUUACAAUUACCCUCAACAACAAAUCUUAUAAAAAAUGUUCAUGUAAAAGCUAAUAAUGAAAAAAAUAUCGACAAGGCAUAUAAAUAUCGAGACCAAAAUAGUAAUAAGGAUAUUAUAAGAAACAUGAAACCAUUAUAUUCAAUACCUGAAUAUGUUAUGAAUUCAUAUACGUAUGACAAUGAUAUGGAUAAAAAAGGAAAUGAAAAUAUUUCAAAUGAUGAAAGUAAAUGUCUAUUCCAAAAUGAGUACCAUGAUUCAGAAAAAAAAUUAGUAAAAACACAUAUAAAUAGUGAGUUGAGAAAGAAUGUAGAUAAUCAAAAUAGUAAUAUAAACAUAAACGAAUCAGUAUGUUUUGAAAAAGGGAUAAUAGUUAAUAACAUAGAAAACCCUAUUAAAUAUAAAGAGAACAAAAUAAAUUGUGUAUCAAAUAACAAUCUUGAAAAUAUGGAAGAAAAAAAUAAUGGAAUGGCAAUGAAUAACGAUAAUAGAAACACCAAAAAUAAUAGCAAUAAUACAAAUUGCUCAAAGGGGGAUCGGUUAAUGUACUCAAAAACUAUUUUAGUGAAAAAUGAUGAUAAUGAUAAUAAAAAAUAUUCAUAUGAAAAUGGAAAUUUUAUGAAAAAUAAAUAUACACAUGAAUAUACUCAUGUUGUAAAAAAUAACGUUAAUAACCAUAAUGAAAAAUUAAAUCAAGAUGAGGAUAAGAUCGAGUUUUGUAAGUUAAACCAAAUAAUGUCACAGACUUUAACAAAAACGCUCGAAGUUCUAGCCAAUGAGCGAUUUUCCUAA